GGUUCGUUCGGUCUCCGUGGUUUUUGGCUCUCUAUCGUAUUGUCAUAUUCGCAGUCGUCAUCGACGUCAUCUUUGUCAAAGCGCAAAUACAGUUUGCGUCUUUUUGCGUGUGUGUCUGUUUUGUCGAUUGCCACGGCCGGGUGUGAAAAUACAACUGAAAAACGUGCAGUUUAUGCAAAUAUCCACGGACAUAUGUAAAUGAAGAAGCUUCACAUGCUCUCUUGUUAUUUGUGAUUUAUGCGCCCCACAAACCGCUAAAUAAAAUACCAGAAACUAGAUUCUAAACUCCACAAGCCACAUAAAAUGUCUGGCAAUGGUACUACGGUGAUUGACACAUCACCAACCGAUCAGAGUCCGGAAUAUUCGCCGGCAAAGAAACGCAAGCUGCGUCUUAUCCUGACGGUUGUUGCGGUUAUUUUUGCGCUGGCCCUUCUGGCUGUUGCGCUGGUCUUCCUUCUGAAUUCGGACGAUGAUAACAGCAGCGAUGGCCACCAUGGAGGCGAUAACUCCAUCAAUUUGGAUGAUGUACUUACGCAACAGUACUAUGCCAAAAGCUUCAACGGCAGCUGGAGCAGUGACACCAACGUGAUAUUCAAACACAAUGCGGCCAUCGUUGAGUUGGAUACGAAGACGAACCAGCGCACUGUAUUGCUGGUGGAUGCAUAUCAGUAUGUGCUCUUCGAGAAAUCGGCCGAUGGCCAGCUACUGUUGUUGGCCAAAAACCGCCAGAAAAUCUUUCGCUAUAGCUUCAAUGCGGAAUACGAUAUCUAUAAUAUCAGUUCAGGCGCGAUCAAUCCGCUGACCAUACAGAACGAACAGCGUUUCCUCAGCAUGGUCCAAUGGGCCCCGGUGGGCAAUGGACUGAUCAUCAAUUACGAGCGCAACCUAUACUAUAAGCCAAGCGCUUUGCAGCAGGAAGUUGCCAUCACCAGCGAUACGAAUCCUGUGUUCUUGAACGGCAUACCCGAUUGGGUGUACGAGGAGGAGGUGUUCGGCUCCAAUGUGGCCACUUGGUUCAAUCCAGCGGGCACACAGAUCGCAUUCAUUCGUUUCGACGAUUCACCCACCCAUGUGAUGGACAUUCAGGUCUAUGGCGAGGCGGGCAACUUGGACUUUCAGUAUCCGUGGCGCCGUGCCAUUGCCUAUCCCAAGGCAGGCUCAUCCAAUCCCCGUGUACAGCUAUUUUUAGCCAAUCUGGAACGCGCUGUUAAUGGUAACGAGUUCCUUACGGAAAUACCAGUGCCGAGUGCACUGAACACCGAAACGGAUUAUAUUAUUACGGUCGUGAGUUGGAUGAAUGAUACACACGUGCUCUCCACAUGGAUGAAUCGCAUACAGAAUGCCGCCUAUGUGGACAUCGCUAAUGAUCUCAAUCGGAAGGUGCUAUACAGCAUCGAAUCGAAAACAAGUUGGGUAGAUCUUUAUACCGCACCUUUCAAGAAUCGAGACGCAUCGCGUAUUGCCUUUAUACUGCCACACAACAACUACAAACACAUAACGUUGCUGUCAACCACAAUUACCAGCCCCGAGCAGCAACAACCUGAAGCCCUGACCGAGGGAAAUUUUGUGGUGGACAGCAUACUGCACUGGGAUGUCAGCCACGAUCUCAUCUUCUAUUUGGCCAACACGCCACAGAACUCGGAGCAGCUGCAUCUCUAUGCCAUACGGGCUCUGACCACAAGCAAGCAGGAGCCCAAGUGCCUGACCUGCAAGUUGAUGACAUCGGGCAGUGUCGAACAGAAUUACUUUGCGGCCAUUUUCAACGACAAUAAUCAAAUUGUGAUAACCUCUCUGGGUCCGGGAAUACCCACAACAGCCAUCUACGAAUGGAGCUAUGCGAAUUCUCAGGUCACACUUACCAAGCUGCUGGACUGGGAGACCAAUGCGCAGUUACGUAAAGAUCUUGAGGGCGUGGCAUUGCCCACGCACGAGAUACACACCUUUAGCAUAGAGGACGGGUUUACGGCCAAGGUGUUGUUGCAGCUGCCCCCCAACUUGGAUCGCAGCGGAAAUACGAAAUAUCCGAUGCUUGUAGAUGUCUAUGGAGGUCCCGAUUCAUUCUAUGUAAACAACAAAUGGUCCAUAGACUGGGGCACCUACCUGUCCUCCAAUCAGUCGGUCAUUUAUGCCAAGAUCGAUGGACGCGGCUCGGGCAUGCGUGGUGAGAAGCUUUUGAAUGCCAUUUAUCUGAAGCUGGGUACAGUGGAGAUUGCCGAUCAAAUUUCGGUCACUCGCAAACUCACGGAAACAUUCAACUACAUUAAUGCCUCACAUAUAGGCAUCUGGGGCUGGAGCUAUGGCGGCUAUGCGGCAGCCAUGGCAUUGGCCAACGAUGAAACAAAUGUGUUCAAGUGUGCUGCCUCAAUAGCCCCGGUCACAGACUGGACCUAUUAUGAUUCCAUUUAUACUGAACGCUACAUGGGCCUGCCAAUUGGAAACGAAGCCAGCUAUGCCAACUCGCGUUUAAGUACUCGUGCCGAGAAGCUGCGCGGCAAGAAGUACUUGCUUGUGCACGGCACUCUGGAUGAUAAUGUGCAUUAUCAGCAGGCAAUGAUUCUGGCCAAGAAUCUGGAACGCAAAGAUAUUCUGUUCAAACAGAUUAGCUAUACCGAUGAAGAUCAUGCGUUGGCCAAUGUUCGUCCCCAUCUGUAUCAUUCGCUGGAUCGCUUCUUUGGGGAAUGCUUUGCCAGCAAUCGAUUGAUGAGAAGUGCCAAAUAAAAGACGUUCGUACCCACUUAGAUAACUAUAAUUUCAAAUUGAAAACCAAUUCAAUGCAAAAACAAAAGACCCUGGAUUUCAACCUAAUGCCCAUUUGUAGAUAUUAAUUGUUAAGUUUCUAAGUUUUUCUUAUUUAUAAAACACAAAUACAAGUAUACAACAACUGGAA